ACGCUCGGUGCGUGAAAAAUACAGGCGAAGUGUGUGUGCAACUUGACCGCGCGUCAUGUCGUGUUGUGAGAGUCAGUGUGGGGGGGACACGGGCCAGAGCAGCAUCCUCUUCAACAUCCUCAACAGAGACCCCCAGUGUCGCGAGGACCCGUCCGCCGCCGCCGCGCACCCGCACUGCUCCUGCGCGCCCAAGAGGAAGCUGGUGACGGUCCGCUCCCCGCAGGUGGUCCUCAAAGCGGCCUCGGAGGUGCUGCUGAAAACUUUCCGCUUCGUGAAGAACAUCCCGUGUUUCCGUGGCCUGCCGGCUCCGGAUCAGCUCCGGCUCGUGCGCAACAGCUGGGCGCCCCUGCUGGUGUUGGGCAUGGUGCAGGACCGCGUGGACUUUGACACGGUGGAGAGCCGCGAGCCCAGUCUGCUGCACAGGAUUCUAACCCACAGCAGGGAUGACGAGCCCGGGGUGGCCGUGGGGGACGUGGACGGCAUCAAACUGUUCGUGGUCAAGUGUAGAGGACUGAAAAUCAGCGUCAAGGAAUAUGCGUUUCUGAAGGGUGCCAUCCUUUUUAACUCCGAGGUGAUGGACCUGGAGUGUCGGGACUACAUCAGGGCUCUGCACCGGGAGGCGGAGCGCGCGCUCUUUGAGCACGUGAAGACAGUUCACCGGUACGGCUGCCUGCGCGCGCUCCUUAGCACCGUGCGCUCCUUGAACCCCGAGGCCGUGGGGAAACUCUUCCUCAGACCCACGAGUGGGACGACCACCGUGGACGAACACGUGCUGGCUGCAUUUUAUGAACGGUAGAACCCGCAUGACUGUGGGACUGAGUUUAUACUGGACUGUACACUGAAGUAGACAGCAUCAGCUUUAUUUAUCUCAUAGAAGGGACACUGAAGAUCUGACACUGGGCUGUGGAAAGCCACUUAUGUGCAAAUUUAGAGGAUUUUUAAAAGCUGAUGGUUUGGAACAAGAAAAAACCCAAAACAAAUAACUUAAGCCGAUAUCCUCUGAAAUAAUGUAAAAAUUCCACUAGUUUACUUUUUUUUGAGAAUUAUCAGCCUCAGAUAUGAAUGAAGUCAAAAAUAAAUGACAAAAGUGCCGGUUAACUGAUGUUUUAAAGUCUUUCACAAUUUGCGAUCACACAUAUAUAUCAGUUUAUGUACAUAAGUACAGUGUAACCCGGACAACAAUGUGAGUAUGUAAUAAAUAAAUAAAUAAAUAGAAGUUCAUGGUGUUACUUACAGUUAAAAGGGUUAAAAAGCAUACAUCAGUUAAAUGUUGCAUAAAUAUGUUAGAAUCUUAUUUCAUUUGUUGUGCAAUAUGUUUAAAGCAUUUAAAAGUACUUAGACAUUAGUUAAAAAAAAUGUAAUGUAUAAAAUGGAGUCGAUGGAUUAAUUUUGUUUUAUUUUGAAAGGUAAAAGGAAGUGCAGUGUCUGUAUACAACCAUUCCUGGUCAAUUUUCGUAUUGGCUUUACGCUUGUGAAACCGGAAGUGAAUUUACUGCUAAGUGUUAGCGUAACUUCGAGAGAGAGAAAAAAAAAAAACACGACAGGAAAUGUCUAAACGUCACGCUGUUGUUUGUUUGUUUUUUUAACCUAUGUGUAGGUACUUUUAAAUGUUUUGAAAAUAUUGUACUGCAAAAAAAAAUAAAAAAUAAAAAAUUUAACAUAUUUAUGAAACAUUUCAGGUAUUUAUGCUUUUUAACCCCUUUAACUGUAAAUAACACCAUGAACUUCUGUUUAUUUGUAAUAUAUCCACAUUUUUGUCCCAGUUACACCAGUAUAUUUAUAAAUUUGCCACUAGAAUGAACCUGAAAAGUGAAUGUAUUAUAAUGUGCAGACUAUGUUGUGAGGUCAGUCUGGUAGCUCUAUGACAAACAUUCCUUUCAAGCAAAACCCAUUCUCUUAUUAAUUCUCACAGUUUCACUUUUUGACCCAGUAGUGUGUCUUGGAAACUACAGCCAAUCAGCAUUUUUGACUUAAUUUUUCUUUUUCAUUUCACUGCUUUUAUUCUGGAGGUGUUUUACCUGUAGACCAGACUUUCAUGUUUUACAUUAUGGACUGAAGUCAUACAGACACUCAUAAUUAUUGUAAAUAGACAUUUUUAACAUGCUUUUCUACCUUGAUGGUGCUUAAAGUGCUUUAUAAUGUGUAUGCACAUCAGUCGGAGCAUCCUCAGAUUCAUCGUCUUUUGCUCAAGGGCACUUUGACAUGUGGACAGGGAUCAGGAAUCAAACCGACAGCCUUCUGGUUUCUGGACAUUCCACCCUAAUUAUCUUGUUUGCACAAAACAUUGGGAAAUAAUUAAUAUUUUUUGCAACCAACAUGAACAAAAUAUCACCUCUCUGGAAUUCAAGGGAUCUGCAAAGUCAAAAAUAAUAAAUACCGAAACAAAUGUGGAUAAUACAUGGAUUAUUGAGGAACUUUAGUGUUCAGUUUGCAUUUAUUUUUCAGCUCAAAGCCAGUAAUUCCACCUGAAAUGUGUACUAUUAUCCAGGUCUGGCUAUAUUAGUAUUUUUUUAAAUUAAAAAUGACUUUUUCCACUAGAAAUCUAAUACACAAUAUAGUUUAUGAAUGAAUGCAUCAUGAAUUUGUGUUGCUCUCUAUGAACUAAUGAUCAUGCCACUGUGGGUUUGUGUUAUAGUUACAAUGUAAGCCCAGAUAAAUUGUGUUUACUUAAAAAAUUGAGAACAGCAGUUCCCCUAAAAAAAUGAAGUAAUAAUUAAUGAACUUUUAAAGCACAUUUAACUUGCAAUCUUUUGUAAUCUCAAGUGCUUUGCAAAGUUAUUCCACUUAAAUAAUUCAGUUCAAUGCACUAAAUUCCAAGUUGAUUUAACUACAAAUAUAUUGUAAUACUAACUAUGCAAAGCAGUUGAUAUUACAAAAGAUUUUAAAUUAAAUGUACUUAAUAAUCAUUACUUAAUUUUUUUAAGGCAACCCCUUUUCUCAAAAUUUUUUUAAAAAGUAAAUUCAACUUAUCUGGGCUUACAGCCUAAGUGACACCAAAGUAGCUGGAUUCCACCGAAGUUCCACAGUUAAUGUUAUUCAUAAACACUUAAAGUAAAAGCAUAUUAAUGUCUCAGUAGAGUCUUAUUUAGGCUGCACUUUUGAAAUUCAGGGUGUCAAGUCAGAUCAUUUAAGCACUAAGUGUGAAUAAAGGUUCCUGAGUCAACAGUUAUUUGGGAAGUCGUUGCAUAAAUUCAAAUUGUCAUUGUGAGCAACAGCCAUUUAUGAUACAUACAUUAAAUCAUGCAUUAGCUGAGCAUUACAUUAACCCAUAAAGACCCAGCGCUACCAAAUUACAUUUUCUCUAUAUCUAACCUUCUUAAGCAAUUUAUCGCCAUUUAUUAUCAUAUUAUCCUCUGUAUUUUGCAUUU